AAAGCCUGACAUUUCUCCAUAUCCGUCCUGAUGUGCCGCUGCACCCCAUCACGAUUCUUCAAGGAUAUGCAAAGCGGCUGUUAUCACGUCGACGUUAUUUUCCAUUAAAUGCAAGGAUGUACCUAAUGAACGGCAUCGGAGGCGUACGAUCAACAAUGACAAACGACAGCUGAGCUCGGCGAGCCGUAGAAAUCGACGGAGGGGCUCAGAGCAGUCGAGGUUUGUGCGUUAAUUUGCGCCUAAUUAUUGUUUUCGUGUGUGCCCGUUUAUUUCCAUCCCUUCAUCCAUCGGGGCUAUAAGGCCUAUAGCCCGCAUCAUUUCUGGGCAUGAAACCCGUGGGAAUUAUGAUACCAACGUGACGCACAGUCACACAGCACAGCGGGAAGACAUCGAGCCUCUACAGGACGGAGGGAGGGUGUGAGGUCCAGCAGAGCAAAACCCUGCCUCUCGCACUGAUCACAGGCGGAGGACGCCCAGUUGUUGCUGGACAAAUCGCGCUAAUGACUGUCGUAUAGCCCAGCAGGUCUCGCCCUCCACUAAUUCCCCAUUGAAUAUUUAAUUUUUUUUAAUGCAUCGGGCGCAGCGGAGCGGGAGAAAGGGAGGAGAGUACAGUGGGUGAGGGCGCGGAGAGACGGGAUGCGGGAGACGCAGUGAGCGAGGAGGAGGAGGAGGACGAGGGAAACCGGAGGAUUGACGGCUCUCCUAGCACUGUGGUGGUGUGACGUCCUAUCUCUUCCUGCCCAGCAUGGCUGUGUCACUGUGGUUCGUGGGCGUGCUCACUCUGGCUCAAGUUGCGCCCUCUGGCCAAGCCAUGUCCCGGGCCGCUAUGCCAUUUGGCCUGCUACGCAGGGAGCUGGCAUGUGAGGGUUACCCCAUAGAGCUGCGCUGCCCAGGGAGUGAUGUGGUUAUGGUGGAGACUGCCAAUUACGGACGCACCGAUGACAAGAUCUGUGAUGCAGACCCCUUCCAGAUGGAGAACACACAGUGUUACCUCCCUGACGCACUAAAGAUCAUGUCACAGAGGUGUAACAACAGGACUCAGUGUGUGGUGGUUGCAGGGGUUGACGUCUUCCCAGACCCCUGUCCUGGAACAUACAAGUACUUGGAGAUCCAGUAUGAGUGUGUCCCCUACAAAGUGGACCAAAAAGUUUUCGUGUGUCCUGGCUCACUGCUCAGCAUCCAGCCAGCCUCCUCGCUCCUGGAGGUGGAGCAUCAAUCAGGGGCCUGGUGUAAAGACCCCCUGCAAGCUGGUGACAGGCUGUAUGUCAUGCCGUGGACACCCUAUAGAACAGAGGUGCUGUAUGAGUACGCCUCUUGGGAUGACUAUCGGCAAAACAGAGUCACCACAACCUAUAAGUUGCCCAGCCGUGUGGAUGGUACAGGCUUUGUGGUGUAUGACGGUGCCGUAUUUUACAACAAGGAGCGAACACGCAACCUUGUGAAAUAUGACCUACGCACCCGUAUCAAGAGCGGGGAGGCAGUGGUGGUCAAUGCUAACUACCACGAUACCUCGCCUUACCGCUGGGGAGGGAAGUCGGACAUCGAUCUGGCAGUGGAUGAGAACGGCCUUUGGGUUAUUUACUCUACUGAAGCCAAUAAUGGACGCAUCGUGGUCAGCCAGGUGAACCCCUACACUCUCCGCUUUGAGGGUACCUGGGCAACUGGCUUUGACAAACGUGGAGCUAGCAACGCCUUCAUGGCCUGCGGCGUGCUCUACGCCGUGCGCUCUGUUUUCCAGGAUGAUGAGGGGCAGGCAGAUGGCCGAGCCAGCAGCAACAUGGUGGUUUAUGCCUACGAUACCAGUCGUGGGCAGGAGCUUCCUGUUCAGAUACCAUUCCCAAACCCUUACCAGUACAUCUCCUCCAUAGAUUACAACCCCAGAGACAACCAGCUGUAUGUGUGGAAUAACUACUAUGUACUGAGAUACCCUCUACAGUUCACACCACCACCACCUACUAAAGGGCCCUUGUCCUCUCUGAUGACCACUGUCCGGUCAUACACAGCCACAGUGGCUCUGACUCCAGUGCGGCCGUCAGCCUCCCAUCCAAUUGGUGUCAUCAACAGAGGGCCUUUUGACCAGCGGCCGAUCACAGCCAUGGUCCCUCUGACCCCACGCCCUCCUCUACGUGUCCCCUUGGCCCCUGGGGGACUGGGUCAGGUGGGAGGAUGUGAGGGUCGGGUGGCACGAGGGGUGCAGUGGCCCCCUACCCUAAAGGGGGAGACAGUGGAAAGGCCCUGCCCUAAGGGGUCUUUGGGUAUAGCCUCCUAUCAAUGCAUGUCGUCUCCAGUGGGCUGGAACUCCAGAGGCCCUGACCUUUCCAACUGCACCUCUCCCUGGGUCAGCCAAAUUGCACAGAAGAUUAAGAGUGGAGAGAAUGCAGCCAACAUCGCCGGGGAGUUGGUCAACCUGACCCGGGGGCGGAUCUAUGCCGGUGAUGUCAGCAUGUCCGUCAAGCUAAUUGAACAGCUGCUCGAGAUACUGGACGCUCAGCUCCAGGCCUUGAGACCAGCCAAUAAAGAGUCAGCAGCACGCAAUUACAACAAGCUGCAGAAGAGAGAACGCACAUGCAAAGCUUAUGUUCAGGCCGUUGUUCAGACAGUUGACAACUUGCUCGGUCCUGAAGCUCUCGUGUCCUGGGCUGAUAUGAGCAAUGCUGACCAGUCACGCUCUGCGUCACUGCUAUUAGACGCAGUAGAAAAAGGAGCGUUUCUCUUGGCUAAUAACCUUUAUGAAGCACGUUUCAGUGACAGGGCACCAAAUGUUGAUCUGGAGGUGUACGUGUUAAAUACAGAGGCAGACAUACAGGACCUGAAGUUCCCUGACACUUACGACAGCGACAGCAUCCUACAGAUAUCAGCACUGGCCCUGCAACAGUACAGCAACAACGGCCAGGUGAAAUUAGUCCUUUCCCUCUACAAGAACCUGGGCUCCUUCCUGACAACUCAGAACUCGACCCUGCGGCUUGGACUGGGGCUGGGCCAGAGCUCAGAGGUCAGGCAUAAGAGCCUGGUGGUGAACUCUCAUGUCAUCUCUGCAUCUGUGCACAGAGGAUCCAGCAGAGUGUAUCUCACCGAGCCAGUGAUCUUCACUCUUAGGCACCUGCAGCUGGAGAACCACUUUGGUCCCAAUUGCUCUUUUUGGAACGCAUCAGGGGUUUCUGGGAAUGGCAGGUGGUCUACACAGGGCUGCCGCCUGUUACACACAAACAACACACACACUACUUGCGCCUGCAACCAUCUGUCCAGCUAUGCUGUCCUCAUGACAUACCAGCAACCUGCUUUUGGAGCUGGUGUGGAAGAGCUUUUUGUCUAUGUGGUUUCCUGGGUUGGCAUCUCCGUAGCAUUGGUGUGCUUGGCGACCUGCCUUACCACACUGUGCUGCCAGGGGGCGCCCUGGCAUACAGACCACAGCACCAUUCACUGUAACCUGUGGGCUAACCUGCUCAUCACUGAAGUUCUUUUCCUUGUUGGUGCCAACAAGACUCAGUACACUGUUCUGUGCUCCAUCACCGCCGGCCUACUGCACUUUUCGCUGCUCUCUGUGUUUUGUUGGUUGUGUCUGGAGGGAGUGGAACUGUACCUGCUCCAGCGGGAGGUGUUCGAGGGCCGGAACUCCAGGAGGAAGUAUUUCUACCUGUGUGGAUACUCUGUUCCUGGGCUGGUGGUGGCCGUGUCCGCAGCCAUCGACUUUAGAGGCUACGGCUCGAAAACUGCAUGCUGGCUACGCACAGACAAUUACUUUAUCUGGAGUUUCCUUGGACCUGUUGCUGUCAUCAUUACGUUAAACCUCAUUGUGUUGGUGAUGACCUUACAUAAGAUGCACAGCACCGCUGCUUUGAAGCCAGACUCCAGUCGCCAUGACAACCUGAGGGCAUGGGCAGUUGGCUCCCUGACACUGCUCUUCCUGCAGAGUGUCACUUGGUCUUCAGGCCUCAUGUUCCUAUCUUCUCCAUCUCUCCUCCUGGCUUACCUCUUCUCGUCCCUCAACACUGCCCAGGCUCUUCUUAUCAGCAUACUGCACUGCAGCCUCGCCAGGAAG